AUGGCACAUCCAUCGCUGAAGCGUGCGGACGAGUUCUUGGAAGUUUUCAACCGCAAGUUUGACAAGAAGUACAGCAGCAUCGAGAGCUUCAACGCUGCGCGCAAGCCGUACUGGCAGAUGAUCCUGACCGGGAUGGAGCGCGCUGAGGCCUGCAAGUCCUGCCCCUUCGUCCGUGCCAUCGUGGCCAUGGAGGUCGCCGUCCGGGCCGGUCACGCCGGCAUGCUGCCCCCAAAGGCUUCUGCAAAGAUGUUCAGUGGCUUGGAGUCGAAGUUCAAGAUUCCCAUCGAGACUUCCAAGGAUGGGGUGGACUUGCAAGAUGAGAAGAUCCCGGCCGUACUUGGGAUGGCCAUCCGUGGACUGCCGCCUCGUUCUGAGAUCCCAGCACCGGUCUUCGCUCGGCUGCUGUAUGGGGCCGAGGGCCUCGCCGUGUGCGAUCAUAUCUCUGGCUGGGUCAAGCAGGGCAAAGAGCUCUCCUACUGGGAGCAUGACUUCAAGGACUUCGCCAACUUGCUCCUGGAUCACCUCGAAGUUGAUCAGCAGUCCCGCGACAACUUCGACAGCAAGGUGGCCCGAAAAAUCGAGGGCGCCAAGGCCCGUCGCAUGGAGGGCUUGCAGCGUAGCAUGCAGGAUGGGUCUCUGCAAGAGAUGCUGCAGCAAGCCAUGCGGCCAAAGAUCCAGGACUACGAGGGAGGCCCCUGGCGCCCGAUGACGGAUGAAGAGCUCGAAGAAGAACAGCAAUUCAUGCGCGGCCAGACCUAA